AUUUUGUUGUAAAGAAGGGAAAGACUGUGUGCUUACUAGUUCUGAAAUGACAGCUUUAGUCUCUCAGCAGUUAACUGGGUAUUAUACAAAGCUGUGACAAACUUUUAAAACUAAAAUUACUAGUAGUGGCUUCUGGGAAACUUUCUCUUGAAAAGGAUUAGUUUGGGGGACUGUUCCCCUUCCUCAUUCUCCCUUGAUGACUCCCGGCGGUGGUGGUGGAGGGCCCAUGAAAGACUGUGAAUACAGUCAGAUCAGCACUCACAGCUCCUCUUCUCCCAUGGAGUCUCCCCAUAAGAAAAAGAAAACAGCUUCUAGGAGAAAAUGGGAGGUCUUCCCUGGGAGAAACAAGUUUUUUUGCAAUGGAAGGAUCAUGAUGGCUCGUCAGACUGGAGUCUUCUACCUGACACUUCUUCUCAUCUUGGUUACCAGUGGACUCUUCUUUGCCUUUGAUUGUCCAUAUUUAUCAGAUCAGAUUACACCUGCUAUACCUGCAGUAGGCGCAGUUCUAUUCUUUUUUGUGAUGGGGACCUUGCUACGUACUAGCUUCAGUGAUCCUGGAGUCCUGCCCCGUGCAACGCCAGAUGAAGCAGCAGAUCUGGAAAGACAAAUAGAUAUUGCAAAUGGUUCCAAUUCGGGAGGGUAUCGUCCACCUCCCAGAACAAAAGAAGUAGUGAUUAAUGGGCAGACAGUAAAAUUGAAAUACUGUUUUACCUGCAAGAUUUUCCGUCCUCCUCGUGCCUCACAUUGCAGCCUUUGUGAUAACUGUGUAGAACGGUUUGAUCACCACUGUCCCUGGGUAGGCAACUGUGUGGGGAAAAGAAACUACAGAUUUUUUUAUAUGUUUAUUUUAUCUCUGUCCUUUCUGACAGUUUUUAUAUUUGCAUUCGUUAUCACCCACGUCAUCCAUCGAUCUCAGAAAACAGGGUUCUUAAGUGCACUCAAGGACAGUCCUGCAAGUGUGCUGGAAGCUGUGGUGUGUUUCUUCUCCGUAUGGUCCAUUGUUGGACUCUCAGGUUUUCAUACUUAUUUGAUCAGCUCCAAUCAAACAACAAAUGAGGAUAUUAAGGGAUCUUGGUCCAGUAAAAGAGGUAAAGAGAACUACAAUCCAUACAGCUACAGCAAUAUUUUCACCAACUGUUGUUCUGCACUUUGUGGGCCCCUCUCUCCCAGUUUGAUUGACAGAAGAGGAUUUAUACAGCCAGAUACUCCACAGCCAGCAGCACCUUCAAAUGGCAUUACAAUGUAUGGGGCAACACAGUCUCAAAGUAAUAUGUGUGAUCAAGAUCAGUGCAUUCAGAGCACUAAAUUCGUUUUGCAGGCUGCUGCCACACCACUACUCCAGAGUGAGCCCAGCAUUACUAGUGAAGAGCUGCCUUUGCCGGGAAAGACCACUAUCAGUGCUCCCUGUGCCACGUUAACACUAGGGCAGCCGACUCCACCCUCCUCCAUGCCAAAUCUCACAUCAGAAACAGGUUUGUCAGACAUGAUACCAUUGAAGGAGGAUCCUGAAAGUCAUCAGUUCCUUACUCCUGAAGAAGCUCCAUCACCGCCUGGAAUGUUGCCAUUGGGGAGUCCUGUGACACAUAGCCAUACCAUGCAUGUCCUCAGCCUAGCCAGCCAAGACUCAUUGCAUGAAGACUCAGUGCGUGGCCUUGUGAAACUCAGCUCAGUCUGAACAAUUUUAAAUAUGACUCUCAUUAUA